AACUUGACCUCGUACGUAGAAAUUACACACAUUGUAAUUCUACAUAAUAGCGUGAAAAAUACAUGUGGUGUAAUUUGUAGUCGAUAGUAAAGAGUGACAAUAGCCUCCUGUUGUGCAUUAUAUUGAUAAUGCUGGAAAGGCGGGAAAUAAAAUGCGCCAAAUCUUUUGAAAACAGGGUCGCCAUUUAAACCUCAAAUGGGCGAUCAUAAUGAUUAACGCUGAACAAACUGGAGAAACAAACAAUUCAUGUCCACAAAGUUGCACCAACAAAGAUUUUGAACAGGGAAAGACAAAGAAGAGAAAUGCGAAUGGAGGUGUCCAAACAGUUGAUGACUUGCUUAAGGAUAUUGAUAAACUAACCAAGUCUCUCAAAGUUCCAAAUGCUAAGAAGAAGAUUCCAAAAAAGGAAAUAUUUCGUAUAAGUUCAUAUGGCUACAAGUCUGGAAAAAGUGCUAAAAGACAGAAUGUGAAGAAAAAGAAAAUAAACCAUGGAGUGACAAAGGAUCUUUGUAACUUAUCUGAAAAUGUCACAGCAUGGCCUGAAAGUGGUUCCCAUGAUGACUUGGAUGCUAGAGAUCCUGAAACUGAGGUUGCUGCUCAAGUAGCUCCAAAUACAAAUAUUGAAAUUGAUGCAAUUCUCGAAAGUUGUGAUCUUCUGAUUAGUGAACUUGAGGGUUCAUCAAAGGAGAAUAGAAGUCAAAGACAAACUUGGUUUGAGAGGAAUGAUGCAGCCUUAACAAAAUGGGAAAAUGUCAGACAAGAAUUGGUAGAGAGCUUGAUCCAUUCACAGUAUAUUGAGAAAGGAGCUGUUUGUCAUUAUUGCAAUGAAAGAGAAGCAUCAAUAAUUUGUAAGCAGUGUAAAGGCAGAAAACAUUUAUGUUUUGUUUGUGAUGAUGUAAUCCAUUCAGCUGCACCACUUCAUGACAGACUCUUCUACACUGAAAAACGUCUUAAAAAACUCACCCCAUGCCAGGGCAUCAAUUCAGCUGGUGAUAUAAUUAAUGUUGUUCGCCAUCCCAUCAUGAAUUGGCCAUCAGAAUGUCCUUGCUGUAAGUGCAAAACAAGUUGGGAGAGAUAUUCAAGCCAACAACCAUGUAUUGUGGUCAAUCACCAAGGUCGUUUUGAUUUGUUCAAGUUUUUGUUACGGUGCAACAAUUGUAAUUUUGAAGUGGACAUUUUCAGUGAUGUGCCAUACAUCAUUGCAUCUCGCUAUUGGCCUGGAACAGUUGAUACUGCUACUUUUUUGUUUGAUGAAGACAUGUUUAUAUCUUGGGAUUCCUUUCGUUUGCGGAUGCCUGGCUCCUCUGAAUAUGGGUUUCUGAACAGCUUGAGUGACAUUUCAAAGGAUAAUAACAGGAUCUCUCGAAUUCAAAAAGAUGCAUUCUCCAAAGCUUUCAAAGAGUUCAAGUACUUGCAAUAUGAGCUUUGCAGGAUAAAGGAAUUUGAUUCUUUCCAAUGUCCACCAUGUCACAUUUCGCAACAUGCGGCUAUAUUUGAUGGCAACAUGAAGACAUAUCGCUAUAAAAGUGGCGGAAGGAAAAUGAGGGAAUCAUAUUACAAAGACAAAUUCUUUUGCAAAAAUGAAGACGUCAGCAGUGUAAUAGAUUCCAUCUACCAAAACCCCAGAUCUUCAAAGAAUAAGGACAACGAAAGCAGUUUAUGUGGCUCAUCGAGAUGGCUUGCUGCCAGAAAUAAGCAACAGAAUGGAGGCACUCGCGAUGAGACAGGUUUAGAACUUGUAAGCUGCAGGCAUUGCAUAGCACAGAAAGCUGUCAACAUGUUUCGUGGCGAAAUCUUCGGCUAUGCCUAUUAUUUGCAGAAAAACUUCAAAUAUGAUGCACGGUUUUAUUUUAGUGAUGUUGCUUGCCGAUAUUGGAAAUGGUUAGGAAAAAUUGACAUUCAGCUGUACACACACCAAACACCUGCUAUUGGAAUGUUGCAUGUCAAAGGCCAUCCACCCGCAUGUGAAGUACUUUAUGGUGGUCUUUGGAAGCGAGGUAGUGGAUACACUAUUGGUGAAGAAGAUGAGCAGGUCUUCAGUUAUCUUUCAAGAACUGGCGUAACAACUAAACACAUGAGCCCAGAGCAUCGUGAAGAGGCAAUCACUGAAUUUGCUAUGUCUUGGAAUAAGAGAAAGAUAGAAGAUAUGGCCAAAUUCCUUUGCAAAAGAUUUUGUCAGGUGCGAUCAAAAUCUACUAAGUUUCAAAUUGAAAAAGAAAGAAUGCUCGCCAGCACUAACUUUGUCCUGACGAAAGAGAGUCUGUCUGCUUGGAAAAAAUCUGCAACAGAACAUGCUCAAGCGUCCCAGAAUUUGCCUGCCGCUAUAAAUCUUUCGCGUUGCCAGGAGUUUUUGCUGAUAGCCAUGAAACUCAAAAGCACAAAGAGGAUUCCAGUCAACAUUGGUUGUUCAGUGAAUAUCCAAGACAUUGUUCCUUUUUCACUUGAAAGAAUAAAACUCCGAGCUCUUGCAAAACCCAUCGAGGGGCUUAUAACACGAUAUUCCGAGUUGAAUACCCAACUCUCUGAAGAUACCAUCGUUUCACCAGAAUCCGAACUUGAUGCAUUGAAGUCCAUGUUACUGACAGUACAACAGCGCAGGAUUGAAGCACUUUUUUAUUCAAAUCUUCACAUUUCAGCCAAUCUUGGCAGGUUAUCAGACAAUUGCAAAAAACGAAGACAGUUAAGACUGAAGGUUGCUAGUCAGAAAGAAGAACUAAAGCAAGUCAUCAAACAGUACAACGAUAAUGUAACCAUUGCUAUGUUGCAGAAAUCUUUUCCCAUGUGCAAAUUGGAAGAUUUAAGCCGUGGCGAAUUCCCAUGGUCUAAAUCUAUUGAUAAUGAUGACAGCGAAUCGGUCACUCAAGAGUUCAAGCAAGCGCUACUACUAAGAUGUCUAACCUUGGAGCGACUUGCCGAGGAAGAGACUUUGUUGAAAUUAGAAAUGAGAAACUACCUGGUUUACUACGUCGAUGUCAUAGUGCCACUUCUUAAGAAGAAGAUAUCAUCAUGUGAAGAAAGCAUGAACUUGUGCAGUUGUCAGGAAUCCUCAACCGAUGAACUGACAUUGCGGAGGCCUUUAUGUAGAACAUGCAGACAGAGCCUGGGACUGCGUUCGUUAGCAUUUCAAGGCCUUGACAACUGUGCUAAGCAAAUCGAGUAUGGGCGGAAAGAAUUUCGAAAAUACUUGAUGGACGACACUUCUUUUACAAAUGAUGAGCUACGAAUGGAAGUGGAUUCAAAUGAAAAAGUUGAGAGUGACAGUGAAAGCGAUAGUAGUAGUAUCGAAAGUUGUCAUAACUCUGAUGAUGAAGAAGAAAGCGAAAAUAGUUUUGAAGCAUUUUAGCAUAAGUAUAGAGUUUUUGUGUGACAUCACAAACAAAUUAUUUUUAGAAUUUUUGAAAUUUGACCACAUAACACGAAAUAACAUCGUAAAAUACUUCUAAAUAUGCUACAUAUAUCAAAAAUUGGGCAUAUGGUCAAUGGAAGAUUUGAAGUUUGCAUACGGAUUACUGUUAUUUUGGCUCUGUUCAUAAAUUUAUGAACAAAGCCCAAAUUACAGAGGUUUGACGGGAAAAAGCCUGUGCUAAUGUGGCCAUACCUAAGCCAAUUCGUAACACCUUUACCUGCUUUGGCUCAAUUAUACGUCUUUCCUGAUGCUCUUUCAGGGCCCAAAUUAAAAAAAUUCUGAAAAUAUAUUUUUGUCACAUCAUCACUUAAAAUUUCUAUAGGAUAAAUACACCUUUUGUAAUGUUCCAUGUACACAGAAGCCUACUUUUAUUAAAAUGGCAAAUUUUGCAAUAAUAUAUGAUUAAUAAUUUACUGAUUUAGUACUAAGUAGUUAGCACUUCUAAGCAUCAGGCUUUCUACGGCCCACAGAUUGCAAUUUUCAAAUCUUUACGGAAUCAACUGUAAAUUUAUAACAAAUCUCGUAAUUUUUUUAUAUUUGAAAGAUUUCUAAACGAGACUUUCGUGAAAAUCCGUUGUAAAUCUCAACAGAAUGACAUGUUUCAGGAAGAAAGAUUAUAGAAUAUUUGAACACAUUGGCUAUUCAAUCUAAUAUUGGCAAACACUAUUGCUUAUAUAUUCGAAUUAACUGUAUAGAUUUGAGUAAUAACAUAAACUGCACGAAAUGCACAGUGUGUUGAUUUGCAAUUUUUUUUUAUUUCUCUACAAUGCAGAAAAAAAUCUAACAUGUCGGUGGUCUAAGGAAUCAGUGACGUGAUAACAGAAACAAUUUGUCUGACAGAACACGAUUCUGAUUCUUAAUGACUAUAGCAUUGUCGGUGGUCUAAGGAAUCAAGGACCUGAUAACACAAACGAUUUGUCUGACAGAACACGAUUCUGAUUCUUAAUGACUAUAGCAUUGUCGGUGGUUAAGGAAUCAGUGACCUGAUAACACAAACAAUUUGUCUGACAGAACACGAUUCUGAUUCUUCAUGACUAUAGCAUUGUCGGUGGUCUAAGGAAUCAGUGACCUGAUAACACAAACGUUUUGUCUGACAGAACACGAUUCUGAUUCUUAAUGACUAUAGCAUUGUCGGUGGUCUAAGGAAUCAGUGACCUGAUAACACAAACGUUUUGUCUGACAGAACACGAUUCUGAUUCUUAAUGACUAUAGCAUUGUCGGUGGUCUAAGGAAUCAGUGACGUGAUAACAGAAACAAUUUGUCUGACAGAACACGAUUCUGAUUCUUCAUGACUAUAGCAUUGUCGGUGGUCUAAGGAAUCAGUGACCUGAUAACACAAACGUUUUGUCUGACAGAACACGAUUCUGAUUCUUAAUGACUAUAGCAUUGUCGGUGGUCUAAGGAAUCAGUGACCUGAUAACACAAACGUUUUGUCUGACAGAACACGAUUCUGAUUCUUAAUGACUAUAGCAUUGUCGGUGGUCUAAGGAAUCAGUGACCUGAUAACACAAACGUUUUGUCUGACAGAACACGAUUCUGAUUCUUAAUGACUAUAGCAUUGUCGGUGGUCUAAGGAAUCAGUGACGUGAUAACAGAAACAAUUUGUCUGACAGAACACGAUUCUGAUUCUUAAUGACUAUAGCAUUGUCGGUGGUCUAAGGAAUCAGUGACCUGAUAACACAAACGUUUUGUCUGACAGAACACGAUUCUGAUUCUUAAUGACUAUAGCAUUGUCGGUGGUUUAAGGAAUCAGUGACCUGAUAACACAAACGAUUUGUCUGACACAACACCAUUCUCUUUCUUCAUGACUAUAGCAUUGUCGGUGGUCUAAGGAAUAAAUUAUUUGGCUAACAAAUAUCCACCGUAGUCAUUUUAUAUUACGAAAGCCUUUUUGUGGAUAUUAGAAUUAUGUACAAGUUUAUCGAUUUUCCUAACAGGGUUGGGUAAAAAUUUGGAGGUGCUUUCGAGUAGACAUGAAGGAAGCCUUGACAUAUUGGUUUCAUGCGUUUUGUUGCACCAAUAUAAGUGCACUGCUACAAAAUGUAGAGUGCAGACAGAUUAAGAUGGACUCUAAACUUGUUAUUCACCCUAUUUCAUCUGGAGGGGGGAGGGUUCAAGUGUUUGAAUCGAAUCUAAAAUCAAAUACAUGUUAUAAAUGUCAGAGUAUGCAAAAUAAUCAAUUUCCUUUACUAUUGUGUACUGCACUUUAUUUCAUGAAAGAUUUUCAAUUUGAUACUUUGCAUCAACUCUUUUAAACCUGUUGGAACUUACAAAAUACGAUAUCCGAAACUUUAUUUCCUAAUAAGUGGCACCCCAAAAAAUGGCAUUUUCCCUACCAGAAAAUAUGGAUGUUUACCCUCCCUUGAGGGUUGAUCCAAGAUUUUAUGGGGAUUAAAAGUUCAAUUGUUGUGAAUAAAAGCAAAAGCUACGUUGAUAAAAGCUUAAGUAAGCAAUUUUACUGACUAAAUUAUUAUCUUUUCAUCAAUGCCUAAAUUGAUCUGGAAUAAGGUCAGCUAUAAUACUAACUUCCUAACCGGCGAGAAUAGUUAUAAUUAUAAUAUUAAAAUUUACUAGAACGCAGGUGAAUAAGUACAAAUGCAGAUCAAAUUAUCUGACAAAUAAUUGGGGCAGGUGUUAAAAUAAACAGUAUUCAAAAAUGAGUCUGAAAAGAUCGAUCAUAUGACUUGUUAAAAAACUAAUGGACGAUAAUACUGGUCAGAACCCUGAAAAGAAAUAAAUUGCAAUAAGAAACAGUUUAUUUCAUUCUGUACAAAUUACCGCGAUUUCCAAUUUACAAAAGAAACCUUGGGCUAGUGGCGGAAAUUAAGGGGAUGUGGGGGGCAAGCGCCUCCCCAGGUUUUCCUAAAUUGUUGGUUUUGUCGGUAAAUUAUGCCAUUUGUCGACAAAGUCGCUUGUUUUUGUGGGCAUUGCGCCCCCCCCCCCACCUGAAGAAGGAAUUUCAGCCACUGCCUUGGGUGCAUCUUCAUAGCAAAAAUUUUCAAGAGUUCUUCAAAGCAUAACAAGGAUUCUUAAGGCAGAUGAAAAACGCUAAAUUUAUGUCAAACUGGAAUUUUCAAAAACAAGGGUUCUUUGGUAGGACAAUCAUUUGAACCUGUAAAAGAUACGUUGCUUUUGUCCUUAUGUUUUUCUUUUUUUCAUAAAAUAAACAAGGUGCUGGUUGCAAGAGGAUAUAUAUUGUAAAUAAUUUCUAACUGAACUUCAUCGAUGAACAAUUUGAUGCGAUCGCCCGGUUACAGGUUGGACUGGGUUUUCAUACCAUAAGAAAGAUUGCAUCUUCAUCAAAUCCUGGUUGUAGUUUGUACAAGUGUAUAGGGGGAGGGGGGUAUAGGAGUUGUCAGCAGGGUCAAUUUAUGUGUUUCGUUAAUUGGAUGAUAAAAUGUAAGGGGAGGGGCAAUAUUUUGGCAACGCAUUUUUGUGAUGUAAUCCUAUGAUUUUGAAACUGCCUUAACAUAAUUAAAAGUUGGUCAUGGUCUUUCCUUAUUGGUGAAAUUGGCAUUUCCUGUCGACUAAAGGGCGUUUUCUGAUAGUAAAAAGGGCGUGGCCUAGAAAGAGUUUUUUGUUCCCCCAGAGACUAGUCGCUGACACCGCCUCUG